AUGGUGCGUAAUAUCCCGCACACAGAGAAGCCGUUCAUUGGAGGAGGUUUCAAUGGCCAUAUUGGGGAUAGUGCUAGGGGUUAUGAUGAUGUGCAUGGCGGGUUCGAUUUUGGGGAUAGGAAUGAGGGAGGUAAUUUACUGUUGGAUUUUGCUAGAGCUUUUGAUUUGGUUAUAGCUAACUCGAGUUUUCCGAAGAGGGAAGAGCAUCUGGUCACUUUCCGGAAUACAAUGGGCAAGACUCAAAUUGAUUAUCUUCUCUGCAGGAAAUAUGAUAAAGGUCUAUGCACUGAUUGCAAGGUAGCUUCUAGAGAGGUCUUAGGAGUCACGAAGGGCUCUCCCGGGGGUCAUAGAGGGGAUUGGUGGUGGAAUGGAGAGGGCCAAGGUAAAGUGGAAGCUAAAAAAAGUUGCUUAUUUGAAGCUAGUAGAGAGUACAAACGAGGAGGAAAAAAGGACUUAUCGGGAGUGUUACAGAAAGGAAAAGAAAGAGGAAAGGUAGCAAUUACGACGGCUAAAAAUGUGGCGUUUGCUCGUUUGUACGAGGAGCUCGGGGGCAAAGGCGGGGACAAGAAGUUGUACCGGUUGGCCAAUGUGAGGGAGACGAAGGCCCGUGACUUAGACCAAGUCAAGUGCAUCAAGGAUGAGGAUGGCAAAGUAUUGAUGGAUGAGGCACUUAUUAGAAGAAGAUGGCAGACAUACUUCCAUAAACUGUUGAACGAGGAGAGGGAUAGACGCAUUGUGCUGGGUGAGUUAGAGCACUCUGAGAGUCAACAAGAUUUUGGGUACUGUAGGCGGAUUAAAGUAGAGGAGGUGGAAAGGGCGAUGCGUAAGAUGUGCAGGGGCAGAGCAACGGGGUCAAACAAAAUCCCGGUGAAAUUCUGGAAGAGCGCGGGGCGAUUAAGUUUGGAGUGGCUACUGGGCUGUUUGGGAGAGGGUGGUAGAGGCCAAGUAAGGAGGUGUGUGUCUAUUUUCGAGAAUCAGUUUGGAUUCAUGUCGGAGCAUUCAACUAUGAAAGCAAUUCAUCUAGUUAGGAGAUUAGUAGAGAAGUAUAGGAAGAGGAAGAAGGACUUGCAUAUGGUGUUUAUUGACCUUGAGAAAGCGUAUGAUAAAGUCCCGAGGGAGGUCCUGUGGAGGUGCUUGGAGGCUAGUGGAAUUCCGGUAGCGUACAUUAGGAUGAUUAAGGAUAUGUAUGAUGAUGCUAAGACUCGGGUGAGGAUUGUGGGUGGUGACUCGGAGCAUUUCCCUGUGGUGAUGGGGUUGCACCAGGGAUCGGCUCUUAGCCCGUUUUUAUUUGCCUUAGCGAUGGAUGUACUGUCGCGAUACAUCCAAGGGGAGGUGACCUGUUGCAUGCUAUUUGCCGAUAAUAUAGUGUUGAUUGACGAGAUGCGAAGCAAAGUUAAUGCGAGGUUGGAGGACUUCAUGGGCUGCAAGUUUGGACACAUUUUAGGUGCUAAAUUGGUCCAACAGUGGUCUGAUUUGGACCUUCUUCAGAGGAUGUUUCUUGGGAUCUAA